AUGUCUAUGCCUGUACACAGGCGGGCGUCGUUGGAUCAGCCACCGGUCCUCAUCCAUCGCAUCGAGAAGACGCCGGAACCGCCUUCGCCUCAGGUCACUAUCACGCCAAAACGCAUGUUCUUAAGGGUUGCAAAGGAGAAUACCAUUCCCGACGCAGGCCAGUGGGCACUCUGGCUCAAAACCAAUCUGCCCUCGUACGUUGGGGACAUCGCCCUUACAGCCAAGUGGAAGACGGGAUCGGCCCUUGUUGCCGUCGUCUUGCCUAUCGAGAUAUGGUUGGGCCUGCCAGAAAGGGAGGCAUACUCGUUUAUGGACCAUCACCAUGAGUGGGACACCGCUGCUACUCGCCAGCGGCACGCCGCCGUUUUAGCACCACCGGCACAGCAGCAGCUGCAGGAGCAGGGGCCGCCCGGCAUGCGCAGCGCCAACGUCUAG